AUGGCGGAGUUUCUCCAGCGUCUCGGAUUGAAUGAUGAGGCUAAACAGGCAGACUAUCUGCGGCUUCUUGGACUAAAUAACGGGGCAGCAAUAGCUUCCUAUGUCAAAGAACAUCACGAUACUGAUCCAUUUAUCACUCCGUCGGGACAAGAGCUCGCAGGCAAGUCCGUUUUUCUCACAGGGGUAUCCAAGGGGAUCGGGCGAGAGACUGCAAUCCGAUGCGCUGAGGCUGGAUGUGAGAAGCUGGCGAUAGCUGCUCGUUCCUCGCUCGACGAUGUCGUCAAACAAAUCGAAAACAAUGCCCGCAAGGCCGGCCGCAAUUCACCGCAGACUCUCGCUUUGCAAGUUGACGUCGCCUCUGAAGAGUCGGUCCGUACAGCCGCCCAAACAGUCAGUGAAGCAUUUGAUGGGAAGCUUGACAUUCUCAUCAACAAUGCGGGCUAUUUACCUGAGUUCAAGCCCAUGACCGACUCAGACCCGAGCGACGGGUGGAAAGGCAUGGAGAUCAACGUGAAGGGGACAUUUCUGUGCAGUCACUAUCUACUUCCGCUGGUGUUGAAGUCAGACACCAAGGUAGUUAUCAACAUAACCUCUCAUGGCGCCAGCUUCCUAACACAAGGGGGAUCCUCAUAUUGUGCGUCAAAGCUGGCAGUCGGUCGAUUGACCGAAUUCCUGGCUAGCGAUUAUCGAGACCAGAACUUGAUCGCUAUCUCGGUGCAUCCGGGUGUCGUCAAGACUGACAUGCGAUACGGGCUUCCCGAAGCUUUACGUGAUGCCCUGAUUGAUGAUGCAAGUCUUCCGGCUGAUACAAUUGUGUGA